GUUGCGCGAGAACAGGAAGGAAGGCAGGAACGGAAGUUUACAAACACGGAACGAGAAAGCUAAUGCUCAGCUAAUAUUGUUGUUUUGAUCGUCAACAGUCGACUGCUUUGAUUGAAAAUAACAUAAAGUCAAGAUGGUUUGUGAAAAGUGUGAGAAGAAACUCGGUAAAGUCAUCACACCUGACACCUGGAAGGAUGGAGCACGAAAUACAACAGAGGGGGGUGGACGUAAGCUAAACGAAAACAAGAUGCUGACUUCAAAGAAAGCCAGAUUUGACCCGUACAGCAAGACAGGAUUUGCUAUCUGCAGGAUCUGCAAGAGCUCUGUCCAUCAGUCUGGAUCCCACUACUGUCAGGGCUGUGCAUAUAAGAAAGGAAUAUGUGCAAUGUGUGGAAAGAAGGUUUUGGAUACCAAGAACUACAAACAGACAUCAGUGUGACGACAUGACAAUCAGAGAGCAGGUCAACGAGUGAAUAACAGACAGAAGGAUGAGACAGGCAUGUUUUUUUCCACCACCCUGUCACAUUUUCACUAUUCAUCCCACCCUGUUAUAGACACCUAUAACUCUUUAAUAGUUAUUCCUCCCUCCUACUUGGAAGAGAGACUUUUGGAGGAGGCUUUACAACACGAUAUAAAACAAUGCUGCUGUAUCUUUUACAGUGGCCAUAAUUAAGGUAGCACCAGUUAUCACCAUCUGUUCAUCAUGUCAGGUAUUCAAGACUUUAUGUAUAUUUUAAAUUUCAUUUUUUGACUUGGAUUCUUUUACUUUUGCUUUUAAAAUCUGUUUGUAAUAUAUCGCAUUGUUUAUUUUGAGUGAAUAAAAGCAUUCAUUAUGAGGACAGGAUUAUUAUUUUGUAUGUCUGCCUGCAGGCAUGAAGAGUACAAUUUUAGCCUCUUACGCACAACAUACCCACAUUCACCCUGUAUGCCGGUAGUAAUUGGUUUACCUUUACAAAAUCCGAUUUAGAAACUGCAUGCUCUCCUCCCAGUGUUGUCAGAGACUGAGGUUAUAGUUCACAGGUUGUCUGACGACAGGCAUUUGAUAUUUAAAGGCCUUUCUCUCCCUCAGGCUUUCAACCACACAUGAACACUCGCGCUUGUGUCUCAUUAUUGAUUUAUGCCCUGGUACCACAGCAGAAAAACAGUCCCCUGUCUCUGGCUAAUACAGGCCAUAACAGUAAUCACUGUAGCCUGGGAGUCGGAUUUUAAAGUGGUUUAGCCAAACAAAAAAAAAAACAUAUUUCUAGUAUUUUACCACCCCCUCCUAAAAAAGAAAACAGUCAGUUCUGGUUGCACUUACUACAGCUUUAUCACUGGUUUAUAUAAGUCUUAAUCCUCACGUUUGUUUGUUAGUUUGUUAUAUCUGUGCCCUUUGGCUCCAGUUAUUCUGUGAUGUGGUGCAUUUGGGGACAUCACUUUAACAUCCCUGUUUGUACCUAUUAUACAACCGACCAUAGGGACUUUUAAUGCUCAGGUAAUGUGGAUGAAGUCCAUCAGUGACGCAAAAUACUGUUGAACAUCAACUUCAUGUGUAAUAGUACACAUGAUGUUCAAUAUUUACUUUUUAAGGAUUUUGGAUAUGAGGAUGAAGCCCUAUGUCUACUUGACCCCUUAUUUUCCCUCCAGUUUCAAGACAUGUUAUGGUGUAUUUUAUUUCAGAAUGGCAUUGCACAUUAAUUAACAGGAGCAUUUAAGUCUAUUAUGUAAAUGUCACUGAUUUAGCCAUACAAACUAACUUUGAUUGGCUGUCCCUAGGAGGCUUAUGGUAUGUGAAAAUAUGUUAGAAAGCACAGAAACUCAUUUGCACUAACUUACUGAGCACAUAAUUACAAGAACGCACAUUUGGUAAAGUUAAUAGGAAAACAAUGACCAAAUUAUGAUUGGUGACAGUUUAUCUGAUUGUCCGGAUACCACUGUUUUAAGAGGUUUAUUGGAAUCCAGAGACUGUUGAUUUGGUUUUAUGGUUAAAUGAAGAGGGGGAAAGGCAUAACAAGGAAAAGUGUUAUGCAAAUUUAAAACAUAAGCAAUUUUAGUCAUGUUUCCAAAGCUUUAGGAAUUCAAUUCUGAUUAAAUCAAACAAUUAUAUAACAAUUUUUACUAUUUACCCAAUGUUUCUGAGCUAACUUAUAAGAAUCAGUAGUUAAAUGUUCCCUAUACAUCUAAAAUUUUCCAUUUUGAAUUUGAUUCUGUUCACAACCUUUUGAACCUGUUGUGAAUUUUUAUUUUGCCUCCAUAUUCAAAUACAUGAACUGCUGGUUGUAUUCUCCAUAUUACUACUAUACUAUAUGAUCUUGGUCUGGAACUCUGUUUACAGACCCAAAAUACAACUUACACACUUCUAUUGACAUUUAGAUGUGAACAUUAAGUUUCUAUCCAAAUAAAGAUAUCGACCAAUGUUACACAGA